CUUUACUCUCCCAAAAAAUGACGUCCCCACUUCAACUCAACUCUCUCGGCCGUCUAUCUACCUCCCUCUCGCUUUCUGCUCUCUCUUCCUUCCUUCCUUCCUUCCUUCAUCCCACUUCUCGAGCUCUCCAUUUCUCUGCAUCGGCACUCCAAAAUGUCUGCGUGUUUCCUGCACCACCCACUCCGCUGCAGACCCAGACCGCAGCUUUCAGCUGGGUACCUCAUAUUUUCUCUGCUCAUCUCCUCGGUGCUAAUUGCUCGCCCAGCGGUUUUGGACCCGUGUUCUCCUUCCGCCAGCUGCGGGCAAGGGCUUUAUUGUGGCAACUGCCCUGCUUUGGGCAAGAAUCAGCCCGUCUGCACCAGAGGCCAAGCUACCGUGCCCACAUCCAUCGUAAUUGGCGGAUUACCCUUUAACAAGUAUACUUGGUUAGUCACUCAUAAUUCUUUCAGCAUCGUCGAUUCGCCGCCUUUGCCUGGAGUUCAGAGGUUGACGUUUUACAAUCAGGAGGAUUCUGUUACUAAUCAGCUCUUGAAUGGUGUAAGGGGACUGAUGCUGGACAUGUACGAGUUCAAUGGCGAUAUCUGGCUUUGUCAUUCAUUCCGAGGGCAAUGUUACAACUUCACAGCCUUCCAACCUGCAAUCAACACUUUAAAAGAAGUAGAAGCAUUCUUGAGUCAAAACCCAUCUGAAAUCAUCACCAUUAUAAUCGAGGACUACGUGCAUACUCCAAAAGGGUUGAGCAAUCUCUUUGCCCGUGCUGGUUUGGAUAAGUAUUGGUUCCCCGUUUCCAAGAUGCCGAGGAAGGGUGAUGAUUGGCCUACUGUCAACGAAAUGGUGCAACAGAAUUUGCGUCUCCUGGUUUUCACUUCUGUUGCUUCAAAGGAAGCAGAGGAAGGAGUUGCUUAUCAGUGGAAGUAUAUGGUGGAAAACGAGUCUGGAGAUCCUGGAGUAAAGCCAGGCUCAUGUCCAAACAGGAAAGAAUCUAAGCCAUUGAACUCGAAGAGUGCAUCUCUUUUCCUAAUGAAUUACUUCCCCACUUAUCCAGUUGAGAGCGAUGCUUGCAAAGAACAUUCAGCUCCUCUUGCUCAGAUGAUUGGAACUUGCUACAAAUCAGCUGGCAAUCUUAUGCCGAAUUUCUUGGCUGUCAAUUUUUAUAUGCGGAGUGAUGGUCCUGGUGUGUUUGAUGAUCUGGAUCGAAUGAAUGGCCCGACAUUGUGUGGUUGUAGUACUCUUGCCGCAUGCCAGGCUGGAGCACCUUUCGGGUCAUGCAGAAAUAUUACUACACCUAGUACAAGUCCUGUAACGAAUACUGCAGGAAGCAUGUCGUCAAGCCCAGUAGGAGGAGCUGGAACCUUUUCAGGCUCUGUUCAGUUUAGAUCGGCUUCAACAUCCACUUCUCCAAAUAUAUGGGAUUUCUGCUUGAUAACCAUUCCAUUGAUGGCAUUCCUAUUACAGAAAAAGUAAAUGACUACUCAUGGUAUGAGAACUCGUGAUCACACGUGUGAUGUUUCCUUUUCCUUGUCGAGAAGCCCAA